CUGCUCUAAAUCACUCUUUCACACGGAGAGAUAGACAGAGAAAGAGAGGUGGAGAGUGGAGAAGAGAAGGAACGACGUAAACGGAGAGGAGAGGAGGGGAAUGGGGAGGGUCUUACGACCAGGAUGGUGUAAGGACUGGGGCGAGAGACUGGCCAGGAGAAAGAGAGAAAGCUAAACCUGAACCUGAACCUGUCAGUCUCCAGAGCCAGACAGACCACUCUCUCUGACCAAGCUAGGACGUUCCAACCAGAGGAGAACAAUGGCCUUCCUACCCCCUCACUGUACCCCCCUCUUGGGCUUGUGGUUGUCUCUGUGUGUCCUCCUAGUCCUGGUCCGGGAGGUCCAUGGAGAAGACCCUACUAGUCAUCAGAUCGGCGGGGGUAGCGGGGGCUCCCAGUGCGGGGACUACAGUAACCAGGUGAUGGAGGAUGGGAUGUGCCGUCUGGUGGCCACCCUGCCCCAGACGGAGGACCAGCGCUGUCCAGACAUGUUCCGUUGCACAGACGAGGUCUCCUACUGGCUGCAUGAAAAUGAGGAGAGGAAACAGCAGAUUCUGUCGCUGAGGGAGACCAUCUCAGAGCUUCAGGAGGAGCUGAGGAACCACAGGCACCGCGUCAAGGUUCUGGAGCUGCAGAGUGAGGAGAAGAACCGUAUUAACUCAUCCUUGGAGAAUCGUUUCCAUGAAUUGGAGACGCACUAUGCCGAGGCCACCACACUAGUGCACUUACAAGGGACCCUCAUCUACGACCUUCAGGCCCAGAUCCAUAACCUGUCUCGGCUGGUAGAGAGCGUACGGAGGAACCCUGGCUGUAUGAUCAACAUUGUCGGCACCAGCCCUCAGAUGAGUUCAGAGGAGGCCCUGCAUCCAGAGGUGCAGCAUGUGAGGAACUGUCCUAUAGAUUGUGCGUCUAUCUACUAUAACGGUGUGAGGCGCUCUGGUCUGUACACGGUGGUGCCUUCACUGGGGGCCAUGCCUGUCGAGGUCUACUGUGACAUGGAGACAGAGGGUGGUGGCUGGACGAUGCUCCAGCGGCGUGUUGAUGGCUCUGUGACCUUUGACCGGAGCUGGAGGGAGUAUAAGGAUGGGUUUGGUGAUUUGCAUUCUGAGUUCUGGCUGGGCAACGACCACAUCCAUGACCUGACCAGCCAGGGAGACUAUAGCCUCAGGAUUGACCUGGAGGACUGGAGCAACAAGCACAAACACGCCCUCUACGAGAGCUUCAGUGUGGAUGGGGAGGACAGCCAGUACUGUCUCCACGUGUCUGGGUUCAGUGGCACGACGGAGGACUCAUUCAGCUGGUACCAUGACAAGCAGGGCUUCAGCACCCCCGACACGGGCAACAUCUGUGCUGAGAUCUCCCACGGAGGCUGGUGGUACAACCAGUGCUUCUACGCCAACCUCAACGGAGUCUACUACAGGGGAGGCCGGUAUUCCCCCAAGGGGAAGAACCCUCUAGGACCAGACGGAAUCGUGUGGUAUUCCUGGAAGGACUCGGACUACUACUCUCUAAGGAAAGUCAGUAUGAUGAUCCGCCCACGCACCUUCCGCCCACGUAUGUCGCCCUGAGCAACCACCGCAUGGCCAUGACAACCACCCCUGACAAUGGUCAGGCUCCAUGAUGGCUCGUCUGAUCUGAUGACAUCACCAUAGAUGUACAUGCUCCACACUUUUACAGUGAAAUGUUCUGUAACCUUACUCACUGGUCUGGACAAGGAGUGAGAUGGAUUUUCAAUGUGUGCAUAUAUUUUUGCAUAAUGUUUACAUUUGCAUAUGUGGCCAUGCCACCAAUAAGCCUGAAGUUCAGCAGAACAGAGCAACAGACUGGCAGGCACAGGAGGCUGGUGAGGGGAGGACGGCUCAUAAUAAUG